AUGGAGGAUGAAGGCCCUAACACACAGACGGAAAUCAUUCUUAGCUACCAGGAUGUUGCAGGUUUGGUUAACAAGCUAGCCUGGUGGCUAAGUGAUAAUGGGGUACGAAGGGAAAGCUCAAACGGUGUCAUCGCUUACUUAGGUCCUAGUGACCUGAGACACCUACUGAUUCCACUGGCGGCAGUUAGAGUGGGCACAAAGGUUCUUUUGCUUUCACCUCGAAACAGUGCCUUCAUGCACGAGUCCCUCCUUCAGGUUUCUCGGGUUUCGCUCCUGCUGUAUGACCACACUUUUGAAAACAUGGCAAAUGAGAUGUCCCACAAACAACACAUUGAUAUUCUCUCGGUUAAUAAUUUGGUGGACCUCAUGAGCGGGAUCAAGAAGGUGGAGGCAUAUCCUUAUGAAGAAACUUGGGAAAGUGCCUUCUCCAACCCAUUAGUGAUCCUGCAUACAACUGGGUCCACCGGAAUGCCGAAGCCCAUCACCGUUUCGCAUUCCGCAUUAGCAGCGAUUGACGCACAGCGCUUAAUAUCUGUGAAGGAUCCGGCAGGGGGAAGAUGCCAGUUAGAAAUCCUCGCAGAGGCCAAAACCGUGUACACUGCCUUCCCAAUUUUCCACGUUGCGGGAUUUGAGCUGAGCUGUUACCUUCUUUUCUCCGGCUGUAUCCUGUUGCUUGGGUACCCACGCCAGCCUCCGAGUAUUGCAGUACUGCGCAGGGUCUUGAAGCUCCCUGAGGUUGAUGGCGCUCUCCUGCCACCGUCAAUUAUAGACGAGCUCUCGCAAGAACCAGAGUUACUCACGGAAGUAUCCAAGCUCCGUUGGAUUUUCUAUGGGGGAGGAUCAAUCGCCAAAAGGACAGGUGACCUCGUCGUCACGAAGACCCGACUACUGAAUGGAAUAGGCAGCACUGAGGUCGGGUCAUUUAUACAAUAUCCAACGGACCCUCUCAACUGGAACUACUUCCAUUUUCAUCCUUCGAAUGGUAUCAGAUGGCGACCAAUAUCAAUAGACUCAGAGGGGCAGCAAGGUGACGAGUUUGAAUUGGUACUACAACGUGACGACUCUUGCAUUUUGUACCAAGGGGUAUUCCAAAACUUCCCUUGCCUUCAGGAAUGGGCAACCAAGGAUGUCUUCCGGAAACAUCCUUCCAUCAUUGGAUACUGGGAGUACCGGUAUCGCCUGGAUGACCUUAUCGUCUUUUCUACUGGAAAGAAAAUGAACCCUGUGCCUUUCGAAACCCGACUUAACGGGGUUCCUGGGAUCAAGGCAGCCCUUGUGAUUGGUAACAAGCGGUCUUAUCCUGGACUUCUACUGGAAACGGAUAGCUCAUCUCAGGGCGAGUGCAACUCUCAUUUUCUCCAGCCCCCGAUGAAAAGCAUCAUCAAAGAAGUAUUGGAGAUCGAGAAUUUUCAGAGCUCCCGAGACGCCCAAGUUACUGCCGAAGCAAUCAUCAUCGCUACCCCAGAUAAACCGUUCGUCCGAACAGGGAAAGGCAGCGUGCAUCGAAACAAGACCCUGACGCUCUAUGAGUCCGAAAUUGAUGAUCUAUAUAGUUCAACCCAGUUCCCUGAUUCAUUAAAUUGUGGCCACCCGCACCUGGACUUGUCUUCUGAGGAAUCCCUCUCAUCCAACUUGAUUGAGUUGAUCGGUAAGCUCGUACCGAAGAUCGGCGAGUUGAAUGCCUAUGAAGAUAUAUUUGCCACUGGGCUGGACUCGAAACAGACCCAAAUAUUGGCGGCUGCCGUGAACAAAACCCUCGCGAAUCAGACUGGUAGAGGCGGGCCAGAUUCUAGGCCAAUCUUCUCUGCGGAUGUUGUCUAUGGUAAUCCUACCGCACAGAAGAUGGCAAAUGUUAUCCUUCGGCGACUUUUUGCGCCUGAGCAGGAAAUCCGGGACUUGAAAGAAUUUUACACUAUUUUGCAGCGACAUUCAGAACACCUACCUGAUGCUCCUGCAGAUAUGGUCUCCGAUACCCUCGACCACACCAAAAGGCAUGUUCUUCUCACGGGCAGCACAGGUUUUGUCGGUUCGUAUACUUUGGAUGCGCUUGUGCGCCGGAAGAAUGUUAGCCGUGUGACCUGUCUCAAUCGGAGAGGAACUCAUAGAUCCAAGACUUGGAUCCAGUCAUUUCCAAAUGAUGAGGCAAAAUCCACAGCUAUUCGUUUCGACCACAUGCGUGCUGACCUUGCUGAGGGCACCCUGGGACUCGCUGGAGACGUUUACAAUGAGCUUCUGGACAGCGUGACAGAUAUUCUACAUUGCCAGUGGCCAGUAGACUUCAAUUAUCCAUUGAAUUACUUCGAUCCAAGUAUUCAUGGUGUGGUCAACCUGAUCAAUUUUGCGCACGGCACCAAAAAUAAUGCGCACAUCAUUUUUCUUUCUACAGUGGCCACCGUCAAGCAUUGGGCUGAAGACAUGCCUGUGCCCGAGGAGCCAUUGACUUCGCCUCAAAACGCCGAGACAGGAUAUGGAGAGAGCAAACUUGUCGCGAGCUUGUUGCUGGAUCAAGCCGGCCAAUCAGCCAAUGUUCAAUCAACUAUCUGCCGUCUUGGUCAAGUCGCCGGUCCUGUCAAGGAGUGGAGAGAGGGUAGCGAACAUGCGUGGCCACGCCGUGACUGGUUCCCAUCUCUCCUCUCUAGCUCAUUCGAACUGGGCUGCCUACCAGGUUCUCUCGGACCGGCAGACCAGAUUGACUGGAUACCGGUCGAUGUGGUGGCCGAGAUUCUAGCGGACCUCCUAUGCUCGCCCAACAUGCACAAGGGGGAUAAAGAUGGUCAUGCGACUAGAUAUUGCCAUAUCGUCAAUCCCCAGCGGACAUACUAUGCGGAGCUGGUGCCGUUCUUGGCAGAGCGACUAGGAGGCCCCCAUAAAAAGAUGAGAAUUGUGUCUCUAAAGGAAUGGGUGGGUCUGCUGGCGGAGAAAGGUCUAGAUGAGCAGAGUUUACGUAGGCAGCCCAUCCCCGGAGUCCAACUGCUCGACUUUUUCCAGAGACUUGCACAUUCUCCCCGCCAAGGAUCAGUGACGUUGAAAACGACUGUGACUGAGAGAUGGCUUCCGCGUCUGACGAGCAUCGAUUCUGUCAACGAGCUAUGGAUGGGUAUGUGGCUUGAGCAAUGGGGAAUGACAUCUCCUCGUAGCUAG